GCUUCUGAGGAAGGAAGAUUUUUCCCCUCUCUCCGGCUGUUACAUCACCCCUUUUUCUCUCUUCAUCCUCCCCUCUGCUUGCUUUUGCACAGAACUAUCAUCUUUGGAGUGACCCUCAUUAAUUGCCCACAAUCUGGAGAGAAAAUUACAGCCCCCAAACUACCCACUCGCUGUAGGUGUUCUUCCCUUUCUUUCUCUUCUUCAUCCUCUCUUUGGGAAGAGGCAGGUAGUUUCUCUCCCUUUCCCCCCCCCUAGGGUGCCUUUGUGGAUCCCCACUGACCCCCCUCAUCCCAUCUUGUAGAAGAAGCAGACCCUCCUUAAUUGAACGGCGCUAUGGGAUGGCAACAGCACUGAGGUAUAUGGAAGUUUUGCACAGGGGUGGGAUUAUUUCCCUGUUUUAAUCCCGGGGCGAGGAAGCCCCUCGUUAAAGACACUUUGAUCUGUGUGGUUCCUGACCUUGGUUUCCUGUGUUUGGGCUCCGUGAAAAAAGAAAAAGGAGCAGCAAACCCUGGUAGUUAUUGAGGGGAGGGAAAAAGAAAGAACCGAAUCCCCCAUUUGUAUUCUUCUCACCCGCUUGGCAGGUGUCUUGCUCCCUGAGUGACAACUUGCGGGAAUAGUACAGUUACCCAUCAAAGAGAGAGUCCAGUUUCCUUUCACUCUCGCCCUCUCAUGUGCUAAGGUUGACUUCCCCCUUUCUGGAGUUUUGAUUGUCACGUUGCCUUCCCCUAUUUAGAUUGGAAGGAAGUAUAAGCAUAUAUUUGUGUGUGUGUGCGCAGAAAAAGAAUAUUCCUUUCAAGGUGGUCAGGAGCCAGGCGUUAAUCCAUUCGGAGUAGCGCCUGCAAAAAUCUGGAGUUUGAAUUGUUUUAAAAGUAGAGGGUUUCCCCCCAAAUUUAGAGUACUUAGAGGCUCUUUCCCCUUUUUUCAGGUUAGUUACUUAAAUCUGGAGGAGUCUAUAAAUCGUAGAAGUGUUGCCUCCGGAGAGCUUGUUCAGAGCCUGUUCCCAUUUAUGGUGGUUGCUCAGCUCUGGGAGACUUAAGUUCGGUCUGCGUUGCCUGCCUGCCUUGAUACCUGAAGCAGUGGGGUGACACAUCAUGUGUCAGGUAGACCCCAGGUGGUUGAAGGAUGCCCCCGGAAGUACCUGCUAGGCACAGAAGGCCUCGAACCUUUGCCAAGGACGAAAGAGAAGCGGUUGAGUUCAGUAUUGAAAAUUCCUUUAAAGAGACUUGGUUUCAGCUACCUAACGGUUGAGAACACCCCCGGCCGGCGUGGUCCCUGGGUGGCGAGAGUGGCAGAAGCCGGAGAGUGGGAGGGCUCGUUCCUUCACGUCCCUUCCUUGCGAGCGAUGGAGCGUCCUUAAAGAGACCUAGUUUGCUGUUUGGAUUUCAAACCUGGGAAGUCUUCUAAAGAUGACUUAGGUCUCAAGGAAGGAGGGGAAAUUGGAUUUCUUCGGAGGGCAAGCUGACCUGAAAGACGUGGACCGGCGGACAGAGAUCGAUAAAAUUAAUGUGGAAGAGAGGUUGGUUUCCUCUCCCACUUCACGCGCACGCUCUAUAGUAUUGGCAUGAGGUGCUGGACCUUCCCGGGUUGACCGGAAAGUUCGCAUAGGUUUUUGUUUUUUCAUUUCUUAAGUUAAAACUGUUUGUACAAUCUUCUGGGGAAAGUCUUUAUUUACCUCUGCUGAACCUCCCUACUUCCUCUCCCCACCAAAAAGAAGAAGAAGAAGAAGCCGGGAGUCAAAAGGGAGCGUCGGCUAAAUCAGGGAUUGGAUUUAUAAAUCUUUGGCGCCCGCCCGCUUGGCCUUUUUCGCGGGGUGGCGAACGGGGUCAGGCGGCUGGAAGCCCAAGAUGGAUCUCGACGAACCUCAGCAGCUGGGCAUGUUUGUGGAAAGCGAGUUGAUGUCCGUGGGCAUGGACACGUUCAUCCACCGCAUCGACUCCACGGAAGUGAUCUACCAGCCCCGCCGGAAACGGGCCAAGCUCAUUGGCAAAUACCUCAUGGGGGACCUGCUCGGCGAAGGGUCGUAUGGCAAGGUCAAGGAGAUGCUGGACUCCGAGACCCUCUGUAGGCGAGCGGUCAAGAUCCUGAAGAAGAAGAAGCUGCGAAGGAUCCCCAACGGGGAAGCCAAUGUUAAAAAGGAAAUACAGCUCCUACGGAGGUUACGGCACAAAAACGUCAUCCAGCUAGUCGAUGUGUUGUACAACGAGGAGAAGCAGAAGAUGUAUAUGGUGAUGGAGUAUUGUGUGUGUGGUAUGCAAGAGAUGUUGGACAGCGUCCCCGACAAAAAGUUCCCUGUCUUUCAAGCGCACGGGUACUUUUGCCAACUUAUAGACGGCUUGGAAUACCUGCACAGCCAAGGGAUUGUCCACAAAGAUAUCAAACCGGGGAACCUCCUGCUAACGACCAAUGGGACGCUGAAGAUUUCGGAUCUCGGGGUGGCAGAGGCCUUGCAUCCGUUCGCGGAGGACGACGUGUGCCGGACGAGUCAGGGGUCGCCGGCUUUCCAGCCACCGGAGAUUGCCAAUGGCCUCGACACCUUCUCCGGCUUCAAAGUGGAUAUCUGGUCAGCAGGCGUCACGCUGUACAACAUUACGACUGGCCUUUAUCCCUUUGAAGGCGAUAAUAUUUAUAAGUUAUUCGAAAACAUUGGGAAAGGCGACUACACCAUCCCCGAGGAUUGUGGCCCUCCGCUUUCAGAUCUACUUAGAGGAAUGCUUGAAUACGACCCAGCCAAGAGGUUUUCAAUACAACAGAUACGGCAUCACAACUGGUUUCGGAAAAAGCACGCACAGUCCGAGCCUGUGGUCCCCAUUCCUCCCAGCCCAGAGACGAAGGACCGGUGGAGGAGUAUGACGGUAGUGCCAUACCUAGAAGACCUGCAUGGCUACGACGACGAGGACGACGAGGACGACUUAAAAGACGACUACUUGGAGGACGAAAUCAUCUACACUCAGGACUUCACAGUACCAGGACAGGUGCCUGACGAGGAGGCACGGCAAAACGGGCAGAGCCGCAGCCGGGGGCUGCCCAAGCCGGUCUGCAUGAACGGGACGGAGCCGGGGCAGCUGAGCAGCAAGACGAAAAGCGAGCGGCGGGCCAGCGCUUCGUCCAACCCCUCGCGCAAGGCCUCCUCCGCCAGCAGCAAAAUCCGCAAGCUCUCCACCUGCAAGCAGCAGUGACCCGGGCCCCAUCGCCCACCGCAGGCAGAGCCCUGAAUUGUGUCCUGUCCUGGAUGGCCGCCCCCGUCUUCAUCCUCGCUGUCUCUCCUCAUCCCUCCGCCGUCCCCGUAGCAGAUGAUCCGUAGAAAAGCUUGCAAUCAAAAGAGAGGGAGAAGACGAGAAAGAAGAGAGAGAAAAAGAAAAACUUUUUUAAAAAGAGAGAGAGACCGAAGGGAGGAAGACCAGAUGUGGACGCUCCUGCGUAAUUUGCCCCGAUUUGCCGCCCUUCGUCCGGCCGAAUCCCGGCUUCCCCAUUUCCGGCGAACUUUACCCGUGUGGCCGGCCGUUUCCGGGACUCUUAUGAGUUUGCGACGGGCAGGUUGAGGUUAGAGGAGAAAAGUCACGGGGGUGAUUUUCUCCCAGGUGUGUUUAGAACUUUUUGCAAGCCAUCAAAACGCACUUUAUGUAGUAGACUACUGUUAUAUAAUAUAUAUAUAGAUAUAUAUAUUAUUAUUUUCCUUUUUUGCCUCCUUCCUCCCUCCCC